ACUCCAGAUGGUCGCAUUUAUAGACGAAACCGACGACAUCUUCUGAGGACGAACGAAGAUCACGAUGACUCGGUCAAUGAGGAUUUAGAAGAAGAAACUGAUGAUUUAGAAGAAGAAACUCCGCACACAGAAAACCUGCCGAAUGAUGAAGAGAAACGUAUAGAUGCGGAAGGAAACCAGAUUACGAGAUACGGACGGGUAGUACGUAAGCCGCAGCGUUAUGGACUGAGCUCGAAUUAA